AUGAAUCGUUUUAAUGAAGCUAAAAGGUUGCAGUUGUGUUUGAAUUGUUUAAGAAAGGGGCACAUGAUGAAAACAUGCAAAUUUGGCCACUGUCGUUAUUGUACUUCCAAGCAUCAUUCAUUGUUACAUAUUAAUAAUACUCUUAAUGCAUCUAAUGCAGAAUAUUCGAUCGAAAGCCAGUCAUCAGCAGUAGAAGCGCAGUCUUCACUUGUGUCGUCUUCAUUUAACACCCCGCCUGGAUCUCCAGCAGACGUGUUGUUAGCUACGGCUGUUGUGUUAGUAAAAAAUAGGUCUGGUUCACUCGUACCUUGCCGUGCCAUCCUCGACUCAGCCUCUCAGCUUAAUUUUGUUACAAAUCGUCUUGCAAAUCAACUACAUCUUCAAACAAGUAAAUCUUUGGUAACCAUUUCUGGUAUAGGAGAUGGUACAUUCGUUGCUGAAAAAUCUGUCGAUAUUUUUGUAAAGUCUCAAAAUGAGAAUUUCUCAACAUCGUUUUCUGCCAUAGUAGUGCCCACUAUAACAGAUUAUAAGCCAAAUGUCAACAUCAGCAACUGGAAUAUUCCCCAAAAUAUACAGCUGGCUGACCCUCUUUUUUAUAAACACAACCGAGUAGAUAUUUUGAUUGGUGCUGGCCUAUUUUUUGAUUUGAUAUGUGUUGGCCAAAUUCAUUUUAAUAAAAUUUUACCCAUUUUGCAAAAAACACUAUUUGGAUGGGUGGUAUCUGGUGGCCAUUCCACUACAUUUAAAUCAUCGUUGGCUGUGGUACAUAAAAACGACGAGAUUGAAAGAAAUAAUAUUGAUGAUCUCAUUAAAGGCUUUUGGGAAAUAGAGAACAAUUUUAAUGAAGCUAGUAUGCACGAAAGUGAUGAUGAUUUUUGCGAGAGCUUUUUUAAACAAACAACAAUUCGGCUUAACACUGGUGAAUAUUCUGUAAGCUUACCAAAAACAAAACCCUGUAAUUUGCUUGGUGAUUCAUAUGAGAGGGCUUUACAACGUUUUAAAGGUUUAGAAAGGAAGCUUAAUAAAUAUCCAGAAACAAAAAAACAAUAUGUAUCUUUUAUGAAAGAGUACGCCGAGUUACAACAUAUGUCUGAAAUCUAUUCACCCCCUGACGUAAAUACGUACUAUAUGCCUCAUCACUGUGUACAAAAGGAAGACAGCACAACAACAAAACUGAGGGUAGUCUUCGAUGGAUCAGCCAAAACGUCAUCUGGUUUUUCGUUAAACGAUAUUCUUUAUUCUGGGCCUACAAUACAACCAAAACUUUUUAACACUCUUCUACGUUUUCGAUUCUUUAAGGUUGCUCUUAGUGGUGAUAUUUGCAAGAUGUACCGAUGUGUAAAGGUAUCCCAUCCAGAUGAUUAUCUGCAAUGUGUUAUUUGGAGAGAUGAUCAAGAAGAAGACAUUAAGGUCUAUAAACUUAACACAGUCACAUACGGCACAAAACCUGCUGCGUUUUUAGCAAUUCGUGCUAUGCACCAACUGUCAAUCGAAGAAGAAAAUAACUUUCCUUUGGGUGCAAAAAUAGUCAAACGCGAUUUUUAUGUCGAUGACCUAAUCUCUGGAGGCGAUUCGAUAGAUGAAGUAAUUGAAGUUCGACAACAAGUCUCAGCCUUGCUCCAAAAGGGAAAAUUUGCGAUUAGAAAAUGGUGUUCCAAUGAGCCUACUGUUUUACACGGUGUUUCGUCUGCUGAUUGCGAGCAAUUUUUAAAGUUCCAUGAUGGAACUGAUAUAACUAAGACUUUAGGUCUAGUAUGGAAUCCAAAAACUGACAAUUUUAUUUUUUCGCUCUCACGUGUAUCGAAUGGAGCCAUUGCUACCAAACGCACAAUACUAUCAAUUAUCGCCCGGCUUUAUGAUCCCUUGGGACUGAUUGGUCCCAUUAUUACAAGGGCAAAGGUAUUUAUGCAGAUUUUGUGGAAACAUAAUUUACACUGGGACGAAAGCUUACCACAAUCGCUUCAUUCAGCAUGGAUGGAUUUUUAUUCGAACUUUUCUUUUGUACACAAUUUUGAGUUCCCACGCUUUGUUUUAAUACCAAAUGCUCUAGUGCAAAUUCAUGCAUUUUGUGAUGCAAGUUUGUCGGCGUAUGGCGCUUGUGUUUAUGUACGAUCUGAACUUAAUGGAGAUGUUAAAACUAACCUGUUGUGCUCUAAAUCCCGUGUUUCACCUCUAAAAACCAACACGGUGCCAAAAUUGGAAUUAUCCGCAGCCUUACUAUUAGCUGAACUUUUAAAUGUCGUUAUUAAUUCGUUUUUAAGAAAAUUUGAGGUUCAUUGCUGGUCGGACUCAAUGGUGGUACUGUCCUGGUUACGUGAAGAAUCGUCUAAUUUCAACAUUUUUGUAUCUAAUAGAGCCUCACAUUUGGAAGUUGUUGCUGAGUUGUCUACACAAUCGUUUUUGGGCGGCUUUAAAACGAUUUAUUUCUAUCAGAGGCAAACCGCAUACAAUUUGGUCGGACAACGCCACUAA